GACAGUGCGCUUUUAGAGUUCGAGUAUACUCCAUUAGUUCCGAAAACAUACACUGUUGCGUAAAAGCUCGAGAAAUUUCAUUUUGAGCGUGUCGUUAAUGGGGUUGGAAGUUUGCGGUUGGUAAAUAGUUUACGGCUCACUGGAUGUUUGGUCUGUUCGUACUAAAUUGAAAUGUACAAUGCUUCUGGUUUUAUCAACACUACUCACUUUAUUCCAGUACAACGACUGCUUUUCGACCAACGAUUGUAGUUUCAAUUCGAUGUGUACUUGCUCGUUUGAUGAACAAGACAUCACUACUAAAACGAUUCAUAGUGUCAGUUGUCUUCUAGUUCCUUUCUACAAAUUUCCAAAUUUACCGGAAGGUAGUAUUAGUCAACUAGAAGUCAUUGGGACGAAAACGACGAUUCUCGAAUCGGAGAGUUUGGCAGGUUGCCAAGUACAGGCACUUAUCCUUACAAAUAACCAUCUUCAGCAUAUCUCAGAGAGAGCUUUCAGUUCUUUAUGGAAAAGUCUCACAUCAUUAGAUCUCAGUUACAAUAAGCUGGACAGUAUUCCUCUUGUGGCGCUCAAAGAUAUUAGGAAUUUGCAAUGGAUCAAUUUACACGGAAACCAGAUUACUUCCAUUGUCGGUGCCUGGUCUCACAUGAAAACGUCAGUUUCAACAUUAUUCCUCGGCGAAAACGACAUAACUUCAAUUCCAAAUGAGACCAUGCAUCAACAAAGCCUCCGACAGUUCAAAUCACUAAUAUGGUUGAACCUCGACGGAAACAGAAUAUUGGAUAUCCCCAAAAACUCAUUACCAAGUUGUUUGAAAACAGCUAGUCUUUCAUAUAAUUUAAUACAACAUUUCCCAUCGGAAGUGAUUGCACAUUCACCGUUUCUCCAGUGGUUGUACCUACGGGGUAAUCAUAUAAGACUGAUUCCACAAUACACUUUCCCUAAUUUGGUAUACAUGGAAAAAAUAGAUCUAGCAGAAAAUUUCAUAAGUACGUUACCACUAUACGUAUUUAACAAUUCGUUGCAUAUCAGAGACAUUAAUCUGGCUUUCAAUGAUUUUAGAAUGUUAACAGAUAACUGUUUUUCCGGUCUCAACACUGGCAGGAUCAUUUUAUCUUAUAAUUCUAUAGAAAAAAUGGAUUUAGAUGCUUUCAAUGGUAUCACACAUUCAUUAGAAUACCUAGAUCUGGACCAUAAUAACUUACAACGAAUUCCUCAAGGUCUAAGAAGAUUAAACUCGCUCAAAUAUCUAUAUUUAUCGUCCAACGUAUUAAGAGAUAUCGAUCCAACAGCUUUUGAUAAUUUUUCUCAUAAUCUAAGAGCUGUUAGUUUAAGUGGGAAUCAACUAUCACAGAUACCUUAUGAAGCUCUACAAAACUGUACAAAACUAUCUCAUUUUAACAUCGCUUUUAACGAAAUAUUUAGUAUACAAGAUAAUACAUUUCAAAAUUGGGCAUCAACAAUAAAAAGUUUAAUUUUGGCCAAUAAUAGAUUAAACACAUUAGAAAGUGACGUUUUCAGUUCUCUAACGGAAUUAAAGGAACUAAGUUUGAGUUUCAAUCCUCUCAGAUACAUCGAUAAAGAUGUUUUUAGAGGCUUGGAGAAUUUAGAAAGUUUAGAAAUGUCAUUUAGUUUAGAUAAUGUUAAAUUAAAUUAUGAAAUAUUCGAUAGAUUAAAAAAUUUAAAAUGGUUGUGUUUGGAUCAUAAUAAUAUCGAUGUUAUAUAUCCUUCAUCGUUGCUAUUAUCAGAAUUAGUAUAUCUAAAUUUGGAAUUUAAUAAAAUUAGAAAACUUCCAAAAACUUUUUUUAAAUCUAACGUACACGGUAAAUUACAGGAUAUUCGAUUGUCGCACAAUGAAUUAACUGUGAUAGAAGCAGAUACUUUUCGAUCGUUAGCUAAUUUAGAAAUUAUAUUUUUGUGUAAUAAUAAAAUAAGAUAUAUACGAAAAAAUGCUUUUUUUAACCUACCAAAACUAACUACUAUCAUUCUAUCACAUAAUGAGUUAACUGACAUUAGUCCUGAUGCUUUCACAAAUUUACAACGUAUGGAAAAAAUUGAUCUGAAUAAUAAUUUAUUGAAGGAAGUUUUCUUUAAUUUUUUCACGAACAUAUCCGGUACGCUACAACUGAAUCUCAGUAGAAACGAAAUUGUAUCUUGCAAUUCGGAUUCUAGAUUUUUGAAUGUCCAAGUUUUAGAUUUCCGAUUUAAUAAUUUGGAAAAAGUUCCUGUUUGUAUUGAAAGAACGUCUGCUUUAAGAAAACUUCAUUUAGAUCAUAAUGUUAUAGUUACUCUCGAUCAAAACACUUUUAUGCAUCUUACGUCUUUAGAAUAUUUAAGUCUUCAACAAAAUAAAAUAAAACUAGUUGAAAAAAAAGCGUUUUUCGGUCUACAAAAUCUACAGUCUUUAGAUUUAUCUAAAAACUUUAUAAAUCAAUUACAUAUUGGACAAUUUGCUAAUAUGUCCCAACUAAGAAUUCUCAAUUUAAGCGGUAAUCAUUUAAGUUAUCUACCGAAAGAAAUUUUUAAAAGUACUCACGUCGAAAUGCUAGAUUUAAGUUUCAACACUUUUUCAUUAGUACCAAGUACAAGUCUUUCUGAUAUUGGUAUUUCUUUGAGAUACAUUUCCAUGAGAUCAAAUAACAUUGAACACAUUGAUAUAACUACUUUUCCAGAUAUUACCUUAUUGCAAUAUUUGAAUUUAGCGAAUAAUAAGUUAACUAUACUACCUGAUAAUGUUUUUACUAGCUUAGGACUUCUACAUACACUCGAUUUAAGUUCUAAUCCUUUAAGAUCAAAUUUUAAAGAGCUGUUUCACUAUGCGCAAACGUUACGCUUUUUAAAUUUAGCCAACACCGGUAUGAUGACCCCGCCGCAUUUUCCAUUACCGAAUUUAAUUUCUCUAAAUUUAUCUUAUAAUAACAUUCAAAUUAUAGAGAAAAUUUCAGUACAACAAUUAACUAAAUUAAAAAUUCUAGAUUUAAGUCACAACGAUUUAAUACAAAUACCUUCACACUUGUGGGUUCAUCUUCCUAGUAUGAAAACAUUAGAUUUAUCCUUUAAUCCGAUCAAGGAAUUAACAUUAGACAGUUUUGUAAAUCUUCAUAAUCUACAAGAACUUAAUAUACAACAUUUGCAUUAUCUGACUAAAUUUGAAAGUAAAGCUAUUUCGCAGAUUAGAAUACUUUCGAAAUUGUCGAUGCAAACGUGGCCGAAAAUUGAAUCUUUUCCUGAAGAGAUGUGCCAAAUGCUUUCGAACAUCGAUCAAUUAAGAGUAUUGAAAAUAUAUUUUACGGAAACUGAAUUAACUGAUCAAUUACUUUGUAUAACUAACAGGAAGUUAAGACAUUUAGAAAUAACAGGAAAAAAUCUCAAGUUUGUGAAUAAGGAUGCUUUCGCGAGAUUCACUAAAAAUCCAGAAUUGUUAAUUGAAAUUCAUGGAACGCAGAUAGAAGAUCUACCGUCUGGUUUAUGUUCUAACAUGUUCAAAAUCGCACAUUUAACUCUUAGUUUUAAAAAUAAUAUGUUAACACAUCUACAUCCGGAUAUCUUUUAUGGAAACUCUAGCAGAUGGAAAUCAGUUGGUACUACUUUAAUUUCUGGAGGAUUGCUAUUAUCAAACAACCCUUUUCGUUGCGGUUGUCACCUUUCUUGGCUUAGUCAUUGGUUAAGAAGAUGGAUGAGAGAAAGUUUGCAGUUCCAUAAUUCCCCAGUAGAGGAAGUAAUCAACAUGAACGAAAUUAUAAAAGAAUCUACGUGUAUAGACACUAGUAGUGGUAAUCGAAUUCCGAUAAUAGAUUUGGAACCGGAAGAUACGAGCUGUCACGCAAGCGCUCUAAGCAACGGAACAUAUUCAAAUAACGCAUCUGUGAUAUAUAUUAUUUUUUUAAUAAUAACCAGAUAUUUAAGGUAAUUUUGAGAGUGCCAUGUAAUGUAAUUAAUCCAAGAAUAAUUUGUUAUUAAUUAUUUUAAUACGGUUUACAAGAAUUGAAUGUACUUCUAUGGAAUUUUCACAAGGCGCUAUUAGAAUUUAUACUUGCGGAAUAAUUUUAAAUUAAUUAUUUAAAUCAUAAAAAAAUUUCGUAGCUGCAAUCAUCGCAAACAUUUUUCCAAUACAAUUGAAAUAACAUAACGUAAAUGAAAUUGUCACGAUGUGUAUAAACAAAUUUCGGUGAAAAUUUUUCAGUUUCUCUUGUCGAGAGUAGAAGUCUAUGUACCUAAUGGAGUCCGCUUGACUUAAACAAGAGCGAUUCUGUAUAUUUUAAAUUGUCGAAAAACUAGAAAGCUGGCAAGACUGUAUUUUUAACUAUUUUUAACGCCAUCCUUAAUUAAGUGCAAUCUAAAUAUGAAUUUGAGCGCUAUAAUCUACUAUAAUUUCAAAAUCAUCAAGUAAUAGUCCAGGAAAUAGGUGAAAAUUUGGUUAAUGGUUCUGAAAACGAAGCUGGGUGUAUAUUUUUAAAUAAUUAGACACGCCCGUAUUUUGCAAUUUACCGCACGUCUCUAGCACUCAUAAUAGCGCUGAUAUAAAUUUUUAAAAGGGGAAUAUUCUUACCCCGCCCUCAUUUCUUUUUGCAACGUGCCAAUCGCUUGCUUACGUUACCAGUACCGAUCAAGUUCCGUCCGCCAACUUACAGUAGCAUCCACACCACGUUGUUUUGUUUUACCAUCCUAUCGUGUCGUAUCAUAUUGUCGGGAUGUCGAAGCAUAGAUCGACAAAGGUUGUUACAAAUAUCGUAUUGUACCAAAAGGUAUCAACACCACUAUUAGGUAAAGUUUUUCCAAUAUCAAUUGCAGAUUAUGAAAACCCUUGCCGACAAUUUUGUUCUGUAUUCGUUAAAAAGACAGAUUCACUUAAUUGUCGUCCUAUAUGAAACUUGGAAAAAAUCAUUAUUAUACCUCGUUAACUUGCUACAACUGAAUAUUGAAUUAUAAAACGUAAAUAGACGAGUAAAAUGUACCUACCUGUGAGGGCGUUUGGUUUAAACAGGGUACCAGACGUGGACUGAGCCCUUUUUGUGCCCUUUCGUUUUUUUUCUGGAAAACGAAAUUUCAAAGCAGAAUUCUUUGCCAAUAAAAUAAAAGAAAAAACAUUUCAAUUCCAAAGUAUCUUUAUAAUGAUAAUCAUGGCAGUCAGAAUCAUCUGAAGUCUGAACUAUAGUCAUCAUUUGAUUGAAUUAUGAUACCACGUACUCAUCAUUUUCUUUAAUAACAUGUUCAACACAGUUUUAUCAAAGCUCUUGGCAGUCUGCUGCCAGAACUUUCUUUACGAGUUUUACAACCUCUUUAUUCAGUUCUGGAGACUGAUUACAUUUUCGUAAUUUUGAUUUUACGUUUGCCUAUAUUAACUCUAUAGGGUUAAAUAUGUAAUAGUAAGGAGGUAGUCUAAGAAGACUAUGCCCUGUUCUUUCCACAGCUUGUCAAUAUAAUAAAUGGCCUCUAACUUUAUAUCUUUAAUAACAGUAAGCAAUUCUUUGUUUGUUGGGCCUGUUUUACGAUCGCUGACAAGAAUAGGAAUAUUUUUUUCAGGCGCAUAGUUUUUCUCGGAAACUAUAGUCACAUAUGUGUGCUAUAGACUUAAUUGCGUUUGAAUGCAAAUCAUUUCCUGACGGUCCACAGGCGAGGGAGGCGAUUUGACUACGAUUUCUAACCACGUCUGGCGCACACUUGGGUCACACGGUUUCGGAAUCGGACGGACGAUGUAAACAUAACCAUUAAAAUAAAGGUGGAGGCUAUUGUUGAUAUUGGAAAUCCUCCAAUAGUUGUAUCUACAAAACUAAAGAAUGGUAAUCUUAUCUGGAAAAGA